AUCGAUAGCAGCGAAACCUCGCUGUCUUUACUGUCAUUAGGAUUCCAUUGCUUAGAGAACGAGGAAGUAAAGUGUGUUUUGAUGUCAGUAAAUGAUUUGUCAGCAUCUACCUCUAAGCCAUAGAAUGAGGAAGUCCCGAAGCAGCCAUAAACAGGUUUUCUCAGACAGGAAUGGCCGCUGCAGUCUACCUGAACCGAACAGUUCCUCCACCACAAUCAAUGGAGCCCCAAACUGAAAUGAGGACUCAAAGCAGCUCUGAGAACAACCUGAAGUUUAUCUGUGAGUUCAGACCUGGGACCAGUCCUGAUGAAGACCACGGAACCAGCAGGAACUAUGAGUCCGUGUCCGUCAUCCUACCAGCUCAAUGCAACAUCUGCCAGCUGAGACUCCGCAUUUGCAUGCAGGCGCAGCAACAAAGCUGCCAUCCAGAUCCGUUUGCAAUACUGGAUCCAGAGAAAUACCUGCUGCUGUAUGCCAGAGGGGGGGACUGGUAUGAAGCCCUUGAUGACUGUCAGAUCCUGCGGACGCUAGACAUCCCAUGGUCACUAGAGGACUCUCGGUGUUUAGUUGCACACAUAGUUGCCAAGCCGCGGGUUGCUGGUGAUUCAGAACAGAAGAAAAGACAACAGCAGACUUUGAAAUACCUGAUUGGACAUGACCUGGAGCAGGAGGCCUCAGACAGACUGGGGGAACUUACCUUCACCCGCAGGAAGCUGGCGUCUCCUCGAAGGGUGGAGCUGAAGAAUCGCCAUGACGUGAUGUACGCCACAGAGCCCUGGGUUACACAGGCCCCCGUUCCCAGUGAGCUGGAGGAAUGGUUGAACAGGAAGCUUCCUGUCACCCUCCACUACAUGAGCAAGAUCAGCUUCAGCAUACUGGUUGAUCUGAAGGCCACUCCGGACGUCCUCCUUCAGGUGUUUAGAAGGGUUAUGGAGGAACAAGGGGUAGAAUACGACUUUUCUGAAGAGCUGGUGUUGAAGGUUUCAGGGAGGGAGGAGUUCCUGUCGGGGGAAAACAGCCUCAUUGAUUUCCUUUGGGUUCGUCAGUGUUUGAAAGCCAGUCAGGACCUCCACCUUUCUGUGGUCCCCGUCUCCAACCUCCCUCCAGAUUCCGUCCGAUUUGUCGACUGGCCGCUGGUUGAUGGUUUUAGUGGUCAGUUUAGCGCCCAUGAGGAUCUUAGUCUCCAUGGGAAGGAUCUGGAUGACAUCUUCAUGAUAUCUCUGUUGGACUGCAACAGAAAGCUCCGAGUCAAACUGCUUGGCUUUGAUAUCCCACAGCUGCCGAGCAAGCCCCCCCAGUCUGUCUUUGUGGAGGCGUCCAUCCUUUAUGGGGGCAAAGUGCUCAGUUCAGUUUGCUCCCCCUCCAAGCCUUUUGCAGAUGAAGUGCUUUGGAAUGAGUGGCUGGAUUUUGAUAUUCUGCUGCGGGACCUGCCUCGUGGAGUCAAGCUGAGCUUCACUAUUAAUGCAUGCGCCGGCGACACCUCUCCAACCAGCAGAGACAGCAAGCCAGCCGACCUCCAGAGAGGGAGGGGGAAGGUCCUCUACUUUGUCAAUCUCCUCCUCAUAGAUCACAGGUCUGUCCUCAGCCAGGGUCCCUACACUCUGCACAUGUGGUCCUACCCGGAUCUGGAAGAUGGAGCCAUCACCUACCAAGCAGACAAACUGUCCUCUGCUACUAACCCCCAUAUAGAUGAGUCCAUGGCCAUCAGCUUCCUCCUGGAUCGCUACAGCUUCCCCGUGGUUCUCCCAAACACCUUUAGACACAGCGAUAGCUCUGGCAGUCCCACCUCAGGCCUUUUCCCUCAUAAAUCCACCGCCAGCACCGGCUCUCUUUUCCCUCAGGGGACAUUUCCUUUAGAGACGGACAGCGUGACUCGGAGGUCCCCAUCGCCAGUCUUUAACACCAAGGGCGACCACCUCAGGAGGUUUAGAGAGGAGAGUGUCCAGUAUGCCUCGAACCUCCCCCACUUCUUACGCGAUAUUAAUUGGUUAGAUCGCAAAAUGGUGGAGGACGUGCACUGGCUCCUGGGACUGUGGGAUCCUGGGGAGCUGGAUGUGCACGUGGCGCUGGAGCUGCUGAGUACGGAUUUCCCUGAUGAGAUUGUCAGGAAACUUGCAGUGCGGAGGCUGGAGAGUCUGCCCAAUGAUGAUGUGCUCAAGUAUUUGCUGCAGCUGGUGCAGACGCUGAAAGUGGAGCCGUACCACGACAGUUUUCUGGCUCGGUACCUCAUUCAACGAGCUCUGCGGAGCAAAAGAAUCGGCCACUUCUUCUUCUGGUAUGUGCGCAGUGAGGUUGCAGGGUGUCCCUACUUCCGCCAACGCAUGGCGGUGAUUCUGGAGGCCUACCUCCUGGGAUGCGGUCAGAACAUGAUCGACAGCUUCACCAAGCAGGUCCAAGCCGUGGAGGCCCUGCAGGAAGUCGCCAUGGUCAUCAAGAGGCUUUACCCAGACAAAACAGAUCUCCCUUCCUCAGCUCCACAAAGGCUGCAGGAGCUCCUCAGGAACAGCAAUCUGCCCAAUGAAUUCCUGUUGCCCUUUGACCCCCGCAUCAAGGCUGGAGUCCUGCUGCUGGACAGAUGCAAAGUGAUGGCCUCGAAGAAGAAGCCUCUCUGGCUGGAGUUUUCACCGAUGCCAUCCCCCACCUCCAACACACCAGUAGGGAUCAUCUUCAAAGAGGGAGACGACCUGAGGCAGGACAUGCUAGUUAUCCAGACCCUGGUGGUGAUGGAGUCCAUAUGGCAGGAGAAAUCUCUGGACCUCAACCUCAUUCCAUAUGGAUGCAUCUCCACCGGACACAACAUUGGAAUGAUUGAAAUCGUGAGGAAUGCAGCCACCAUUGCCGCUGUUCAGAGAAGCCUGGGCGGAACGACUGCCACCUUCAGGAAUGACGCUCUGUUCGAGUGGCUCAGGUCCAAGUGUCCCCUGCAGGAAAUACACUACAAGGCCGUGGAGCGGUUUGUGAAGUCCUGCGCAGGAUACUGCGUGGCCACCUACGUCCUGGGGAUAGGAGACAGACACAAUGACAACAUCAUGAUCACAGACCAGGGAAACCUCUUCCACAUCGACUUCGGUCACAUUCUGGGUAACAGGAAGCUCUUCCUUGGAGUGAGCAGGGAGCGUGCACCGUUUGUCCUCACCCCCGACUUCCUGUACGUGAUGGGCAGGGUCAAAGGUCGAAACAGCCUCUACUUUCAGCGCUUCAGGGAAACCUGCUCCGAGGCGUACCUCUUACUGCGCUCCCACUCCCGUCUGCUCAUCACUCUUUUUUCCCUGAUGCUGCUCACGGGCAUCCCGGAGCUGAGCGCUGCCGAAGACAUGCGCUACCUGCGGGAGGCGCUGCAGGAGGACCAGAGUGAAGGCCAGGCCAAGGCGCAUUUUCUGGAAAAGAUUUCAGAGUGUGAAAAUCUGGGCUGGACGGUGCAGGCCAACUGGUGGAUCCACAUGGUGGCCGGCAUCAAGUAGCCUGGCCAGGAGGAGGAGAAACAGAACAUCUGAUUGGUUUCCAGAGUUUUCUUUGAUGCAGUUGUUCUCCCACUUUACCCGCUUGUUUCAUCAUACAGGAAUGCAUGUUUAUCAGCGCCAUGUCUAACUGGUGUGGCUGGUUUAUUCAUCAUCAUGUAACUCAUUAAUAAAUUCCUAGGUAAAUAGGUUUUCUCUCUUCUCUUUGUGCUCUCAGGAAAGAUGUUUAUGAUGACCAGCCUGCACAUCUAUUUCUACGUAUCUAUCUUCUUGACCAUCAGAUAUUUUGUUUGUUUUAGUGUUUUCUGUGUUUCGUUAGCGAGCGUCCACAGCUCUGCAUUCUCACCCUCUCUGUGAUUAACUGUUGUCACUGUGGCUAUCAGCCUGAGAAGAUGAGACGUGUUUUAUGUAAACUUUGAUGGUCAGAGUUAAAAAACGAAAAUUAAAAAUAAAAGGCCAAUAAAACCAAACAGGCAAUGAUCAUUAACCUUUGGCUGAUCAGGCUGUUACUGUGAGAACUUCAGGCUAACCCAAGAAAAGCUCCACAAGAACAAUGUCCAUGUCUGGUCCCGCAUGGAGUCUCUGUCAAAUAUUAAAGGUAUAGAAGUAUUCUAUUAUUCAAAGUAAUGCAAGUAUUUGUGAAAAAGGAUCGUCUUGUUUUUUUAUUUUUAAUUCCUUCUCUGAUUCUGAUGUAACUCAACAACUGGGAUUAAUAAAGAAUCUGCCUGCC